AUGGUUUCCUCCUUCUCCCCGCACCGCCACCACGGCGAUACAUCGCUUUUCUCACCAUCAACGACAACCUCUCCGACACACCUCCUCCGCCACUCUCCGACUUCCUGCUCGGCCUUCGCCUUAACGAUACCCUCCUCGAUUAGAACGCGCUCGGCUUCGAAACGGACCACUCCUACAAAACCUCGCGCGGGUUCGAACAGCCCCGCAAAGCUUCCCUUGUCGCUCACAUCAAAUAACAGUAUGAAUUCAGGUGGUAUGACAUUGCGAUCGGGGUCGUGCAGCCCUCUCUCUAGCCCACGGGAUCAGACAGCUCAAAGGCGCACAUCUGCCCUUUGUCCCGACACCACCAGCAACAGCACCAUGUUGGGUCGACCGGGAAGCACCAGUCCUUUAAAGAGAAGCGAUGGAAUGAUGAGCGGAGACGAUGACGCGAGCCGUGGCUCUCCCGUUGCAAAACGAAGGUCAUCCCAUAUGGGGUAUUACCCCUCUCUCAGCAAGCAGAAGCCUCCUGUGUUCGGCUCCCCGUCCUUCGGCACGCGAUCACCACCGAAACGCCCCGCCGGUCUUAGAAAGUCAACGGGUCACGUCUUGGAGAAGCCCAGUUACGUGCGAUCGCGACCACAGGCACGACAGCAGAUCGACUUCUCAUCCGCCUCCGACACGACGGCCAGGAUGAGACGCGUCACGUCGGUUGAAAACUUUCUCGCUCCCAUGCAUCGCGACUCGCCGUUCGCGACGCGCACUGCCCCGCUGCCCAACGCAUCGAUUCACCCCCAUGUCCACCCGUUGGCGAGAUCGGCCGCUUUCGGUGGUGCUGGAGGCGGAGCCAACCAGCUGAAUGAUUGGAUGACCCCGCAGAACUAUAAGUCGGCGAAACCAAACAUUAUGGCAUUCCAUUCGACCGGCUUUGUUCCUAAACGGGGCCGCCCGCUCGACACGGACAAGGAACACGGCCCUCAGCCAGAUACGCCAUGUAAACGAACCACGGCCUUUCCCGGAUCAGCAUUCCAGACUAAGCGCAUCGGCGCUCGGAUCCCAAUGGGCGACUUGGGUAGUCCUCGCACGCCGGCACCGUUCGGUACUUCCGGUGGCAAGGCUUUGGGCCGCAGGGACAGCUUCACAAGUACCGACGGUGACGACCUCGACGCGUCGACUCAGUCUAGCUGUGACUACGAACUCCCGCCAACGCCGACCAAGAAAACAUGGAAUGACUUCGACGAUGGUAGCGUGUUCACGGUGAACAAGCGGGCCCGCACGUCGCCCGUUCGUGAGAAAUCCCGCACCCCCGCCCUUGCCCGCGAGCGCUGGGUUGAUACUGUUCAAGCGAGUGGACCAAAAACACGCGCCAACACUCCUCGUUUCGCCAGUCCGAAAACUCCGCGGGACAAUAUUAUUCCUCCGGAUCCGAGCAGCCUAUCCAUAUCCGGAAAGGUAUACAAAUACGAUCCUCUACCCAGCAACCGCAGCUCGGUGACUCCUUUGCCAGUGACGCCAGCCCGAGAUCAUCCCAGCCUCAAAUGGGGAACAACUAGCUCUCCAGUUUUCCCUGACAUGACGCUUACCGAAGAUGGAAUGAGUUUGCAUUCCAGAUUCGCUGAGGUCAAGCACAUCGGAACCGGGCAGUUUUCGGAGGUGUAUCGGGUUACCGAAAAGAAUGGACACUCCCACGGGCUGUUUACGCCUGGCCGAUCCUCCGAGAGCGGCUUCUCUUCAUCUCCAGUCGAGCGGGAGCCUCGGAUACCACAGGUCUAUGCUGUCAAAAGGGCUAAAAACAAGUUUCUGGGUCCUAGAGACCGGAGAGAACGGAUGCUGGAAGUUCUGAUAUUGAAGGAACUGGCCCGGCAUGCGCAUGUGGUGAGCUACGAGAAUCACUGGAUAGAUGAGGGUGGCCGUCUUUGCAUUCAGACGGAGUUCUGUGAAGGUGGCAGCUUGGACAAGUUUCUGGAACAACACGGUGAGAAAGGUCGGUUGGACGAGUUUCGUGUAUGGAAGAUGCUCUUGGAGUUGUGCAUGGGCGUCCAGUACAUCCACGAAAUGGGCUUCAUGCACCUUGAUCUCAAGCCUGGCAACGUUUUCAUCACAUCCGAGGGUUCCUUGAAGAUUGGAGAUUUCGGUAUGGCAAUGAGGUGCCCUGCCGAGUUCGAUGUUGAGAAAGAGGGUGACCGAGCGUACAUUGCGCAGGAAGUAUUGGAUCGGAAGCCGGGUCAACCGGGAGACAUCUUCUCUCUGGGCGUCUGUAUGAUUGAGAUUGCGGGCAACGAAGCACUGCCGCCGUACGGCCCGGAGUGGGAAAGUUUGCGCAAGGGUGACAUAAGUGUCGCCCCGAUUCUGAGCACCAGUUCGUCCGGAGAGUUUGUGCAUCGCGACGACAAAGGCAACCCGAUCGUAACAGAGCUUGUCGAAGAAUUCGCACCGAGCGUGGAUGUCUCGUCUUCGAUUGACCAGGGGCCUGAGUCUCCCACUCCCAGACGUUUGGGCAACAGGCCAAGGAGGGGAACCCUAUUGCACAACCCUAAACCUGGCCAUCUGGCGCAGCCGCCCCGGUUCAUGGAAGAAAAUGGAUUGGAACUUCUUGUCAAGUGCAUGAUUGCUCAGGAUCCUGAGGCUAGGCCCACUGCGACGCAACUGCUCCAAACCGAGGAACUUCGUUGGGUGGACGAGAGGAGACGGUCACCUGCGACGAUAUUUGAAGGUCUCUGGGGUCCAAGAGAUAUGUUCGACUCGGUGCAUGACCACAGCCCGGCACCACGCAUGCGUCGACUGGCGGAGGAUGAUUUCGAGAUGGACUUGUGA